AAAUCGUAAAUCAUUUGGGCUACUUAGCCCUAAAUGUCGAUUGAUUAAUUGUCUUUCAAGAAAUCAAAGGAAGGGUGCGACCCGCCCUAUCUAUCUACUUUUGCAUGGAAGCUCAAGUCUGCAAGAAGGAGGUGCCUGUCUUGAAAGAAGAAAUUGAUGAUAUACCUUUAUCAGAACUAUGGAAAAGAAUGCACAAGUCUGAACCCGAAUUGGCUAAUGGGAAGAAAGAACACAAGAAAAAGGAAGUGAAGAAAGUUGCACCGUCAAAGAUAAAGAGGACACUUACAAAGGUUUGUGGAAACUCGACUUCCUCCAAGAAAAAAAAAGUGGCAGAUGAAAAUGAAGAAAAACUUGCCAACAAGAAAUUUUCCAAACCUGGUCAACGAAGAGAACCGCCUCCCAAAGGAGAUCCUCUUCGAUUGUUCUAUGAGAGUAUGUAUGAGGAAAAGAAACGAAAGAACAAGGAAGCAACUCUAGCAGAGACGUGGCUUCUUAUUCACGGACUGUUAGAUGAAGAACAAGCGAAAGUAGUUUUUGAAAAACAACGAAAAGCAAAGGUGAAUCAGAACACGACUACGAAACAAAAAAGCAGAAAAUAGCAAGUUCUUUAGAAAAAAUUGCGUAUUUUAUG